CAUCUGCAUCUGCAUCUGCAUCUGCAUCUGCAUCUGCACCACCACACCGCUCCAUCCGCUCUCAUCGCAGCCCCAAGCCUGCAGCCAUGUCGCGGACGAGGACAAUCGCCUUGCUCUUGACGGUCUUUGCCAUUCUGUUCUUCCUCGAUCCGUCGGGCAAGAGAGAUGUCAUCCCGACGAAAACCCUUCUCGAGCGCCAUCGAAACCAGUCCGUGCUUCUCGACGGACUGCAUUUCAAUACAACGUCCAAUUUCAGGGAAAUCGAGGAUGAGCUGAGUCGGCUCUUCAAUCUCUCGACACACGAGUUGCCUCAUGCGUUUUACAAGAAUGUCACCGGCUUCUUCAAAGGCCGCUGGGAAGUCGCAGCCUUGAAUGAGACUCUGCGGAGCCCGGACUUCAACCAAACGCUUGCCACACAGCGCCGCGGCGACUUCAAUUUCAACGACGUCGGAAUGCUCACCUACCAUCUGCGGGCCAACGAAACCACCGUGCCCUCGAUUCGGAUGCUGGAGGGAAAUCUUUGGCUUGAAAAUGGACGCACGAGCGGAGGCGGCCUGGAGAUUUUCGUCUAUGGUCUCCAUUUCAUCAACGAAGGAGCCGUUUACCUGACUGGGGCCGCCGACGGGGCGAUGCCUCCGUUGAUCGAGCUGCCCCGGAUGAUGCAAACCAACGCAAGCUUUGCUGCAGCCCUGAAUGCAACCAUUGGGAUCAACAACUACUACAUUGGCGUUCUGGAAAACGAGCUGCUCGAGAAUGAGAAAGAUGAACAAGAAGUGGAGCGAUCGUCGUCUUCCACCAAGUGCCAGUUCAGCGUCUUUAUGCAGAUCCGGCCUGUACCGCACAUCGUCAACCAGAGCGACAUCGAUGCCCUCGAGCAAGAGCUGUGGAACCCUGAGGGCAUAUCGACCAUCCGCCCUCCAGCACUUAUAUCAAAGUCGCUGGUCUAUAGCCCCGACUGUGGGAUCCUGCUGAGUGCAUCCAAGUCCAAGGGCGUCAAGAUCGAAGUAUAUCAUAGAAAGGCUGUCAACUACACGAUAUUUGCCACAAUCGUGGUUCUCGCCGAGUUGUAUCUGACCAUCAAGCAGAUGGACUACACAAGCUCGCAGUCUGCGCUCUCGAAGGUCUCCUUGAUCUCGAUUGGAAUGCAGUCGGUCAUCGACGCGUACUUUUGUCUCAUCCAUUUGUUCACGGCGAUAUUGAUUCCCCAGCUCUUCUUGCCCUUUGCUACCGUCGGAUUUCUCAAAUUUGCGCUGUUUUCGCUGUUUGAGAUGCGAUAUCUGCUCAUCAUUUCUCGCGCUCAGCGGCGCGAGAAUGACGACUCUAUACUGGGUAUCCUGUACUCUCAGUUUUCGAUAUACAUGUUUUUGGGGCUCUUCGUGGUGUACCAGUUUACCUCCAAGUUUCCAAUCCUGAUCGCCGUCCUUGGUUUCUUUUCGUACUCGUUUUGGAUCCCGCAGAUCGUCCUCAACAUCAUGCGCAACUCCAGACGACCGUAUCUCACAGAGUACAUCGUUGGGGUAUCCCUCUUGCGUCUGGCAAUACCGCUAUACGCUUUUGGCUGUUCUCGGAGCAUUGUUAGCUAUACGGAAACGUACUGGUGGACACUACUGUUCUUUGCUGGCUACGUAUCCGUCCAAGUCGCCGUCUUGGUUGCUCAGGAUCGAUUUGGGCCUCGCUCGUUCUUCCCCGAACAUUGGCUGCCGCGUAGCUACGACUAUCAUCCGGUUCUUGCCUCUCCUGAAGCUGGACAGGAUGUCGCCGACAAUACCCACGAUCCGCCUCUGGAGUCGGUUGAAGGCGCUGCAGGAGAGUCACACUUGGCGCCGCCAGUGGCAAGUGCCAGCGGGAGUGCCGGCAGCAGCUCAGGUUCAGCGAGCACAAGCUUUCGAUACGAUCCUAAAGGCAAAGGGAAGCAGAGAAUGCGAGACGAAGGCCACGGCCAUCCGGUUCUCAAGAAUGGCGAUUGUGCCAUUUGCUUCCUCCCGGUGGACUACACGUCUUCUCCCGGCAAGCCUCUGUCGACACGGAUGACCACGCGCCUCAACUACAUGCUCACGCCAUGCCAUCACAUUUACCACACGGACUGUCUCGAGCGAUGGAUGGAAGUCAAGCUGGAGUGCCCGGUGUGCAGAACUCCCCUUCCGCCGAUUUGAGUCAUUCAGCGCAGCCUUGGGCUCGGCUGAGACAGCCGCCCGAGCCGCGGGAACAGGCUCGACUCUCAGCAUGGACUCAUGAUACCACUCGACUCUGCUAUCGACACGACUGGCCGACAUGGCACUCCCCGACAAAGACAGCAGCGUCAUUCUGGGACAUCGCAGGCCGGCAGCCCGGAGACAGAUCACCAGCGGCGAUCCGCGACACACCCAGUAUCCGAGCAGCCACAAGGGUGUGGAGAUCAACGGGAGAUCGAGACCGCUGUCCCGUGGCAGCGAGUGUGCAGCGUAUGGACAGCAUCUCAACGAUGCCCUGGACAUUCCGUGGACAGCAUCACGUCGAGUUCUCCGCACAGGCCAAAUACAUGAGCAUCGUCGGCUGGUCGACUGAGCAUGGUAU